AUGGAAGAAGUAGAUCGACUCGUCACCGCGAGUAUUACAUCGAUUGUGUCUGCUCUUGGAGGUUGCGAUUUGGCCUCCGAAGACGCAUCAUACGUGCUGGGAGAAGAGGCCCUGGCCUGUCUCAAGGACGUCAAGCAGUGGUUGCGGGCGUUCGACGAGAAGUUGGGCCGAUCCGACGUGGCCAAAUGCAUUGCCAGCACCACUCUUGUGGUCAGCGACAUCCCCUCGAUUCUGUCCACUUGGAACACACAAAGCGAAGCUGGCCAGGCGUCCAAAAAGAUGGACAGAGUGGCUCUGGCGUGUCUGGAGAUUCUCGUUCCUCUUCUUUGGCCCAUAGAGAUAAAUGACGAGACACCGGACAACGUGGUUGCAUCAGCUGAUCUGCUCAGACAGGCCCAGAUCAGAUACAAGCGCGCUCUUCUUGGCCACCCCAGCAAGAGCAUUUUGAAGGCGGUCGUUCGACUUUGUAUCCCUUCAGUGGCCAAAUCCAAGGCGGACCGAGACCAAAGAGACAUUGGAAUCAUGAAGCUGGUUGUGUUCUUCAUUCGAAACAUGCUGGCCAUUGAUCCCAUGGAAGCAAACGGAAAGACCGACGAUAUCAACCGAUCUGCUAUCCUGGAGGCAUUUGAGAACCAGGGAGUACUCGAUCUCAUGCUUACCUUAGGAUCCUGCACCGGCUACGACAUUGUUGGAGUCGAUCUGCCUCUGCUGGACUCCCUUUACCAGAUGGUCAAGGGGUUGGAUGUUGUCGAAAUCUUUGAAACCUCGCCCAAUGAGCCCGACAACCAGCUCAAGAACCUUCUGGACACCGAGAGACGCAACAAGCCGGUGGGCUCAUCCCGACAUUCACGAUUCGCAUCUACCAUGACAGUCCUGCACAACGGUUCGAAAAUCAGCGUGACAGGACCUACAGCGUCCAUCGAGAAGAGUUUGGAGAAGUUUGACAAGUCCAAGCAGCCCGGUAGACGGCUCACAAAACCCACUACAGGUGUCUGGGAAGUGCCUGUGUUUGUCGGCCAUUCUGCUAAGCGCUACAUUCGUGUUUUCUCCGAGCUAUUCAACGACUCUGCAUUCAACCCUCUCAUGCAGACCGUGCGAAAGGCUUUGGAGCAGGAAGACGAUAUUGGCCCUGCUUUUAAGCAUUAUCUGGUUGUGCUCAAGUGGUUCCUGGGAGUCGAAAUGCACAGAAAGACGCCAGAUUUCGGUCUCAUUGCCUCUGUCGUGAACCAGGAAGCAUUCAUUAUUAUCAUGCGGUCCAUUCGUCAGGGAGUCCAGGCCAAAAACUGGACCAUGGUGAAAACUGCCAUGGAUUCAUUCAAAACCACGCUGGUUGUGGUAAACCUGAUGUCUGACGAGGAGGUGGCGUCAAACAUCAAGGCCAGGCUGUUCUACGAAGAGGAGUAUUUAACAAUGCUGGCCGAUCUUACCAGACGGUGGGCGCUGCCGUUGACCUUCCUACAAUCGGCAGUGGACAUGACGCAUACCCUGAUCAAGACUCUGGAGAGCUUCACCAAGGCCAAUACCACUCUCUAUGUUCGCCGACGGCGUCUCAGGGCACAAAAGAAGGCAGAUGACACUGGCAACGUGGAGGAUUUGGAGAGCCUACCUGGGGAGGAGCACGAGUCUGCGAUCGAGUCUCGGGAACGAAAGUUCAACUUCUCGAGUUUUGAGAGCCGGUACUUCCACGAGGAUACAUUCACAACAUACCGAAUGGUCUUGUCCUCGUUCCAGCAGCUGGACAACUGCUAUCUUGGCUGGUGUCUCAAGUUUCUGGACCGGGCCUUCAACAAGCGCAAAUGCCGAGUCAUGUUGUUUCGACUGGACUAUUUGCAGUUGUUUCGAACCAUGGUGAAGGAGCUGAACAGCAGUAACCCCUGGCGCAAGCCGUUCGAGCACUUUUUCAAAAAGUACAUGCGUCAAAUGAUCCCCAUGAUGAAAGAGCGUCCAUGUCUGAUGGUGGAGGUAAUCUUUGCCAAGAUCCCGGGAACUCUCCACUACCUCGAGAGCGGUGAAGAAAAGCCUGUUAGGGAGUUGAAGGAAAGAACCUCCAAGUUUGUCUACGAGUUCACCGAGGGAGAUGACAUUCCUGAAGAGCGCAAGGUGUGCAUUCUUGUGGCCUCACUACUGGAUGAGGAAAAGAAGCAGCUGGUGGAGUGGUUCAUUGAUGAGCUGGAUUCUCUGCUGAGGGCGCGAACGGGUGAUACUCAGGUUCUGAAUCCUCCCAAGGCCACUGACGAGCUCAAUGUUCCCAAGAGCAUUGAUGAGGACGACAAGUUCCGACUGUUGAUGGAGCUUGUGGGAUUCACUCUGAGCCGGAUUCCCAAGUCUUCUGUUGGUUGCAAAACUCUCUGUUCUCUUCCUGGGGAGGUCUCCCGGGCUGACAUCGAGCGUGCUACUGGUUGGUUAAAGCAGUGGUACUCUACUCCUGUAGACUUUGAGCCCUUUAACAAGAUCAAGCGAGUGCGACGAGAUGAUAAGGAGAGAAGAGGUGCUGGAGGGGACAAGGAGGGUAGUCAGGAUGCCGAGGAAGAUGACGAGCUGCCACUGUUCCUCGCGUCUGACUCUGAGGACGACAUUGAGAACAUCAACGACGAGAUGUUUGCUCCUGUCCCCAAAGAGAAGCAGCAGAAGACUAAACAGAAGCUCAAGAGAAAGGGCACCUCCAAAUCUACCCGGGAACGCGAGAAGCAAAGGGAUUACACUGCGAAGACUACCAUUGACAUCCCAAUGUCGUACAAGUCUGCUGAUUUCAUCGGUGCUUCGGACGAUGACUCAGACGACGAGCGAGACCGCAAGUUCUUUGAGAAGGAAAACGAGCUGCGAGAAGAGCUUCGAAAGGCAGAACCGACAAUCAAUCUUGAAGAGAAGGUCGAUAAGGCGUUCAAGCGACAGUACGCUUAUGUGUCUGAUGGAGAGGAGGAGCCUCUGUCUGAAACGGAGUCCCACAAGCAGUAUAGGGAGAAGGUGGACGAGGAUAGGGAUGAUCUAAGUCAUAUGGCUGAGAGGGAGAACCGGCAGUAUGACUUUGGUGACGAGGGCCAUGACUCCGACAAUCUGGAGAUCAUUGACGAUGACAGCAAGAGUCCUGUGGCUGCUGAGGGAACCACUUCUUCUCAACCAAUUAGAAAGAGAAGAAUCGUGGAUGAUUCGGACGACGAUGAGUAG